AUGUCACCUGCGACAAAGCUACUCUUCAUGCUGGCCUUGGGCCUGGCUCUCGCGGCCACGGCCUUGGCCGAUGACUACAACAAGAAGCACGACGGCGGACCGUGCAAGGGCGGCUACUGGCCCGACGGCAAGGGCUGCUGUCCGGAGAUCAUCAAGGGCCGCGCCUACUACCGCGACGGCAACAAGUGCUACCCCAAGGACCUCGGCUGUGGCGUCUACUACGCGGACGGUCGUGGGUACUACCCGGACGAGAAGGGCAACUACGCGAAGGACGGCGAGUCGUGCUCGUGGGAGCGCAAGUGCCACGAGCGCUGCAUCCGCCCCGAUCACUACGACGAGAAGGACUGUGACAAGACCACCACGACCACCGAGGAGUGCCCCAAGGAGACCACUUCGACCAGAAAGGAGACCACCUCCACCAAGAAGCACACUACCACCACCGAGAGGCGCACCACCCCCAAGCGCACCACGACCACCGAAGAGUGCCCCAAGGAGACCACCACGACCAAGAGGCACACCACCACGACCGAGGAGUGCCCCAAGGAGACCACCACCAAGAAGGAGACCACCACGACCAAGAAGCACACCACCACGGAGGAGUGCCCCAAGGAGACCUCCACGACGAAGAGGCAUACCACGACGACCGAGGAGUGCCGCAAGACCACGACCGAGAAGCCGUGCGAGGACGACAAGAAGUGCCCCGGCGGUCAGUGGAAGGACGGCCACGGGUGCUGCCCGCGCAAGGUGGGCCGCGAGUGGCGCUACCGCGACGCCCAGGGCUGCUACCCGAUCGAGCUCGACUGCGGCGUGUUCUACGCCGACGCACAGGGCUGCUACCCGGACGAGCACGGCAAGUACCUCAAGGCCGGCGAGUGCUGCCCCGACCACCGCAAGUGCUGUCCCGAUUGUUUUGCGCCAAAAGGAAAUAACCGCCGCUUUUUUGACGCCGGGGUCGACUACGACUUCGUGCCGGUCACCAACUGGCCCGAGGCCAAGGCCCGGCUCACCGCCGCGGGCAAGCUGGCAUUCGGCCAGGUCCCGCUCUACGAGGAGCCCGAUGGCCUGACCCUGGUCCAGAGCUCGGCCAUCGCGCGCCACCUGGCCCGCAAGCACGGCUACAACGGGGCCAGCCCCCACGAGGCGGCCCUGAUCGACCAGGCCAACGAAGGCGUGGCCGACACGUUCACGGCCAUCGCCAAGGUCAUCUUUGGCACGCCGGCCGACCAACAGGCCGAGGCCAAGCAGAAGCUGGUCGGGGAGACCCUGCCGGCGCAGCUGCCGAGCUUUGAGAGGCUGCUCGAGCGCAACGGCGACAACGGCCACUUGGUGGGCGCGCGGCUGAGCUACGCCGACGUCGCGCUGUGGGUAGCCCUGCAGCUGGUGUUCGGCCGGGUCGAGGGCAGCCGCGACGCGCUGCUCGGGGCCUUCCCCGCCGUGAAGCGACUCGUUGACGGCGUGUCGCAGCGCGAGCGGGUCAAGGCCUACCUGGCCCGCGAUGUGUACAACGCCGACAAGAAGAACUGA